CAAAGAAAAGACCCAUUUCUCUCUCUCUACCUCUAAUUUUCUCUGUCUAGAUCUGGGAUCCCCAAAUUUCGACUUCUCCCCAUUCUCUCUUUUACAAUUUCUCCCCUUUUUCUCAUUUUCAUUUCACCACCCUACUCCCUUUCCCCUCUUCUACAUUUCUCUCUGAAUUCCCCCUCUUCGUAGAAUUAGGGUUAGGGUUUGGCCAACAGAAAAAGGAAACAGCAUUUGACAUGUCUCGGUUUUCUCUGCUGGGUUUUCAUGCCAUUCUACAUGUACAACGCCACUGAAAGGAAUUUCAGAGGUUAAAAAAGAAAAACAAGUACCUCUCCCCCACAUACCACAUUUCAAUCUUUUUUCUUUUUUUUCUGGGAAUCAGGUCUUCUCAAGAAGAUCUGAGAAGAAAAAUGAGUGCUUCGAGGUUUAUAAAAUGUGUGACGGUGGGUGAUGGUGCCGUUGGAAAAACGUGUCUCUUGAUUUCUUACACCAGCAACACCUUUCCCACGGAUUAUGUGCCUACUGUGUUCGAUAAUUUCAGUGCAAAUGUGGUCGUCAAUGGGAGUACUGUCAAUCUAGGGUUGUGGGAUACAGCUGGACAGGAGGAUUACAAUAGGUUAAGACCUCUGAGUUACCGUGGAGCUGAUGUUUUCAUCUUGGCAUUCUCUCUCAUUAGUAAAGCCAGCUAUGAAAAUGUUUCCAAGAAGUGGAUUCCUGAGUUGAAGCAUUAUGCCCCCGGUGUUCCAAUAGUGCUUGUUGGAACAAAACUUGAUCUUCGGGAUGAUAAGCAGUUCUUCAUAGACCAUCCUGGUGCUGUGCCAAUUACUACUGCUCAGGGUGAGGAGCUGAGGAAAACGAUUGGUGCACCUGCUUACAUUGAAUGUAGUUCAAAAACACAACAGAACGUGAAAGCAGUCUUUGAUGCUGCUAUUAAGGUCGUGCUCCAGCCACCCAAGCAGAAGAAAAAGAAGGGAAAGGCCCAAAAGGCAUGUUCGAUUUUGUGAUCAACAGCAGGUCCAAUGAUGCUACUGGUCACAGUUCUCCUUGUAAUCUUCCUUCAUAUUCCUUUUGUCUUUCCUUUGUCUCGGAGAAAGUAGGAGGACCAUGUAUGUCUCAUUUAAAAUUACUUGUGAUCUCUUGAAUUGUCAGGUGGCUCGGUUUUUUGUGUUGCUGUCAUCUCUAAUUGUUGAGUCACAGCACCUUGUUAUAGGCCACUGUAUUGUGCCCUCUCUGUUUUCAUUUGCUUUAUGUAUUACUGACUGAAAGAUCCAGUUAGAAAAAAGAAAUUUUCCCGGCAAUGUUGACUUCAUAUUUCUUUGAA